UCUCACCUUAUUCUCUCUUUUCAAUGUCUUCCCUUUGCCAAACAUAGUGUUAAUGAAGCGUCAUUAUAAUCCUAAGCCAUGAUCCCUAAUGCACAAAAUCCAUUUCUAGUUUCUAGAAGAAUGGGCCACAUUGAGAAGCGGGAAACACAUCAAAUAAUUCCCGCUACUAACCGUUUUUACUCUCUCUCAACAGUUCACAGACUCUCUCUCUACCACUUCACACUCCCACUUUUAGAGAGAGAAACCAAACACCGUAGAUCUGACAUGGCGACGCCGGAAUCAAACCUCGAUCCAAACCCCUUCCUCGAAGAACAACCAUGGAUCCUCCUAAUCUUCCUUCAGACCGGUCAACCAGUCGACACAGACUUAGACUCUUUAUAUUCCCGUUGCAGUUUCUUCGAUGCUUUCGCCGAUUUCGUCCGUUACGUAUCAUCUCUCCCUCAUUCUCGUAACGGUCUCCUUAAUCCUUCCGAUGAAGUUGCUUUUGCAAUCGCUUGGUUUUUCUCGUUUCUGUCAAGAAAACGCAAAUCGGUUUUAACACUCACUGAAGGGGGAGGAGAUGCGCAACGAUUUGCAAUUGGCGACAAAGUUCCAGAAACUUUCCUCAAGCGCACUUGCGUGCUUGCACAAAGAGGUAAUCUGCCCCACUUUUCUGGUCCUUCCCCUGUGGUGCCAGUCAAUAAUCUUGGAGGACUCAAGUCUCAAACAUCCAGUACAAAGUUGGCAGAUCACAAGGAGCUUAUCAGUCUUUUGCAGAAUUUUAUGCAAUGUGCAACCAGUAGUUCAAUGAAGUUAUUAAGCAAAACACUAGAGCCAUGUUUCACUGCCCCCAUUGCAAACGUUUUGAAAGGAGAAAUUGAUAACAACGAGCUUCGUUGGUAUGCGUAUUGCAUGUUCAAGUCACUGGCUUGCUUGCACAAACAGGUAAUCUUCCCUAUUUGCAACUAAUAGUGUUUGCAUUAGUUGAAUUGCAACUAAUAGUGUUUGUAUUAGUUGAAAUGGAGACUAUUGUAGUUUCAAAAUGUUGCAGUGAACUUGUUAAUAAUAUAGUGAAAUGGUCAUUGACAUUUUCAAUAAAGCCACAUUAGUUUUACCUUGUACAUUAGCACACUAGCUAAAAGUGCAUGCUACUGCUAUUAGUUUCAAUGUAAUGAAAUUGUAUCUACAUUAAUAAAAUUGUACUAUUUGCAACUAAUAGUGUUUGUAUUAGUUG